CUUCAUUGUCCAAAAAGCCGGCAAUCCGGGAAGUCCAGCAGUUUUUGUUUUUAUUUUUUGGUUGUUUUUUUUUAUUCUGAAGUUCAGUUUUCCUCAAUUUACUAUGUAAUAAGUCAAUUCUAGUUUGUUUCUUUCAUCGUUCAAAUAAAACAUCGUGAAAAUGAGGAAAGGAUCGACAUCCCCCAGCAAACGGACUUUUCCAAACAGUUCUCUAACAGGCAGGAGCGUGGUAGGAAGCAGCUCUGUAAGAGGCCGAAGUGUAGAAGGAAGCGGCUCUGAAGGACGCAGGAGUGAAGAUGGAAGCAGCUCUGUAAGAGGCAGGAGUGUAGAAGCAAGCAGCCCUGUAAAAGGCAGUAAACAUGAACGAGAAGGCUAUUCUAAAAAGGAUGACAAACUGCCAGACUCACUUCCUCCUCCCAACUUUAAACGGACUUUUCCAAACAGUUCUGUAAGAGGCAGGAGCGUGGAAGGAAGCAGCUCUGUAAGAGGCCGAAGUGUUGAAGGAAGCGGCUCCGAAGUACGCAGAAGUGAAGACGGAAGCAGCUCUGUAAGAGGCAGGAGUGUAGAAGCAAGCAGCCCUGUAAAAGGCAGUAGACAUGAAAGAGAAGGCUAUUCUAGAAAGGAUGACAAACUGCCAGACUCACUUCCUCCUCGCAGCUUUAAAUGGACCUACAAACCAGGGGGAAGAAAAAUCCCAAUUUCUCCCUCAAAUUUACAGGAUUUACCGCUGUUACAUGGUGGCAAUAAAGAGGAAAACAUUGAAAUUACCACUCCGAGCAGGCAUGUCGAAGAGAGCAAAAGCUUUGAGGGAGGCAGGAGUUCAGAAGGAAACAGCUCUGUAAGAGGCAGGAGUGUAAGAGGAAGCAGCUCUGUAAGGGGUAGACGUGUAGAAUUAAGCAGAGCUUUAAUAACCAGUAAACGCGAACCACAAGACUAUCCUAAAUGGAAUGACAUACUUCGUUCUCCCAUCAGCUUUAAAUGGUCUGCAAAAGAAGGCAGAUAUAAACCAGAGAGUAAACCUGAAGGAGAAGGAGACGGCAAAUUACAUGACCCACUUUCUCGCAUGAAAGUCAAAAACAUUACUGAUAUAGCUGACAUUGGUCCAACAAAGGAUGCUAAGGAUGUAGAUCAAAAAAGUACAAAUCAGUGUGAUAAACCUAGGUCAAAAUGGUUUGCAAAAGAAGGCAGAUAUAAACCAGAGAGUAAAUCUGAAGGAGAAGGAGACGGCAAAUUACAUGACUCAGUUUCUCCCAUGAAAGUCAAAAACAUUACUGAUAUAGCUGACAUUGGUCCAACAAAGGAUGCUAAGGAUGUAGAUCAAAAAAGUACAAAUCCAUGUGAUAAACCUGGGUCAAAAUGGUCUGCAAAAGAAGGCAGACAUAAACCAGAGAGUAAACCUGAAGGAGGAGGAGACGGCAAAUUACAUGACUCAGUUUCUCGCAUGAAAGUCAAAAACAUUACUGAUAUAGCUGACAUUGGUCCUACAAAGGAUGCUAAGGAUGUAGAUCAAAAAAGUACAAAUCAGUGUGAUAAACCUUGGUCAAAAUGGACCUACGUACCAGGGGGUAGAAAAAUCUCAUGGGCUCCCUUGAAUCAAUAUUAUUUACCGUUGUUAUAUGGUGACGAUGAAAACGAAGAGAUGCAAAAAAUAACUCCGAGCGGACCUGUUGAAGCGAGCAAGCCUGAGGGAAAAUGCUCUCUCGAAAUAGAUGACAAACCAAAAGAGGAUGUGGAUCAAAAUAGUACAAAUCAUAGUGAUGAAUCCAGUCAUGAAAGCGCCUUGGUCACAGCAUCGGAGGAACUGGUGGGGGAGGUGGAUCUUCGUGGACUUGAUAAAGAAAAUAUUCCACCAAAAAAAGAUGACAGUUUUGACUAUGAUAUUUAUCCACCAAUGGCUCCGGUUAAAAGUCUAGAGAAGCCAUGUGUUCUUCAGACACCAAAAUCAUUAAAAAUCCCAACAAGACCGGCAAUGCCAUCUCUUGAAACAAGACCUUAUGUGACAUCAACAGUUGAGUGGGAAUGUUUAAGAACCAUUGUCCACAAGGGUUCAGAUGGAUUUGAUAGAAUAAGUGUUAAUGACAUGGAAUAUAUUGUGUACCAUAAACUCGGACACGGUGGAAUGUCUGCGGUUUAUUGUGGUUUCAAUCAAUGCAUAAGAUCGUUCGUUGCAAUAAAGGUGGUUAGGAAUUUCAUGCCAAAUGAAUCUAUGAAUGAAGUCAAAAUUUUGAAGUCGGUGCAAAACUGCGAUAAAAUUAUAAAGAUGUACGACUACGAAAUUAAGGGUGAUAAGUUAGUUAUAGUGUUCGAAAAAGGUGGGCCGGACUUUGGCACUAUAUUGAAACAGCGACUAUUGAUACAAAAACGCUUGCCAAAUUAUAUGAUACUGUUUUAUUGGCUAGAAAUGCUGCACGCAGUCAAACAAUUACAUUCCCAAGGCAUUAUUCACACUGAUUUGAAGCCUGCCAAUUUUCUAAGAAACGGAACAGGCCUCAAGCUUAUUGACUUUGGUAUUGCAAGUCGGGUCGGCCGUGAUACGACGUUUGCAUAUAAAUCUUGCCAAGAAGGAACCUUCAAAUACAUAAGUCCGGAAGCUGUGAUGAAAAGAAAUAAUGUAGAUCCUAAACAGCAGUACAAGAUUCAUUUCAAAUCAGACGUUUGGUCCCUGGGAUGCAUCCUGUACCAAUUAGUUUAUGGUCAUACUCCUUUCAACCAAACCAAUAUAACGUCCAAUUUGGUGUCAGCGAUAUCUGAUCCAGAUUAUGAAAUUGAUUAUCCAGAAGCAGAAUGGGCCCCUAAGUCAUUUGUACAGACAAUGAAAAAAUGCCUGCAAUUCGAUAUCGCAGCAAGACCAUCGGUGGACGAGUUGAUUCAAGAAUAUGAAGAAAAGAUUUUGAAUGAUUUUUAAUUUGUCAAAAAUCAUUUUUGAUACCUCGUCCAAAAUGCAACAAUAAAAGCCAAAAAUACUAUAAGUUAGAAGUGAGGAUCGGUUUAAAGUAAAGAUACAAUCUAGGGGUUUACUGAAAAAAUACAGUAGACUCGCGUUAAUGUAAAACCAAAAAACUUUUCGUUUUCAUUUCCGAGAUUGUUCCCACUACUAAAAUAUAAAAUAUAAUAAUCUUAUUUCCUAUAGUGUACGUAUUUGCUACGUAAAAACAUAACAAAAUGUAUUUAUUUAGAGCCGGUUUAUUCACUUUCUGACAAACUUUCAGGCAUGCAAUCUGGCGGAUAAAAACGUAAUCGCUAAUCCCAUUGGUCGUUCAGUUUCAGCUAUCCACCAACCAAUAAAAUUAUAGAACGGUAAAUUUAUCUUGGAGAUAGUUACCAGCAAGUUUAUCUGCAGAUGAAUAAACUGGGUCUUAGAAUAUCAAGUUAGUUUAGUUACAGUCAUAAUAGCUUGCACAGCUUCUUUUUUUUAUGUUCCUAAUGGCUAUAUAUGUAAUUUCAACAAAAUAUCAUGGGAAUAUUGUUCAUAUGAAAAAAACAGUACAGCGUCAUUUUGACCUUGGCUAUCAUCAUUAGCCUGUUGUAUUUCAGGAAUCAUCCUCAUUUUCAUUAUCGUCAUGCAAUGAGUUCUCAGAUACUCCUCUAUUUGUACUCAUACUUUGUUUUCCAUGAGGAAUUAUAUCAGCAGCUUGAUUAUUGUCAUACAAUGAGUCGGUAGAUUCAGAUUCUUCAAGUCUAGUCAUAGAUUUUUCUACCUGCUCCAUAACGCUUGUAUCAUUUUCACUAACAGAAGAAUCUAUAGUGAAGAUACCUGUAAUGAACUCACAGUGCGAGCUUUAUUUAGAGAGCGAUUAGGUGAACUCCUCCAUGCAAUUUUUUUUUGUCAUUACAUCUGAUUUAUCAUUAAUUUUCGCUGCUUGAACUAAUCUUCUGCGUCUGACUAAGAAAUUUCGUUGCUCUUCAAGUACCUUCUUAGACUCCUCGAAAAAACAUCUUCGGUCUCCUACAUCAGGAUUAACAGAUUCCUCUAGCUUUGAUUGUCUUGUAGUUUUAUUGGGGCUUUCGGAUCGAUUUAAACUUAGGCCCAGAGACAUGCUCGAUGGUUGAUAAUCAGUUUGUGGUUCUGGUGAUGAAUCCAGAAGUCCUCAUGAUCUUUAUUCAACGGUAGAUGCUUCAAAGGAUGUGCUAAUGGCGAAAAAGCCAUCAAAUAUUGCUCUGAGUUAUUGCCUAAAUUAGGAGUUUGUGAAAUCUAAAUAUUUUUUUUUGACUAGGAAAGUUCAGUCAUGUAACUAGUUACUCUCUUCUUCAAUAUUUGGUUCAUACUUGGAGAUUUUGUUUGAAUUACCCUCAAACUCAUAUUCAAAUAUCUAUAUGGGAUUGUUGUGCCUCUCAAUCUUGCGGGUGUCUUUGUUAAAGUAUUCACUGAUUUUCUAAUGACAAUUAAUCCUGUUUUUUUUUUAACAAAUAAAUCUUUAGGCUUACAUGUUCCAGAAUUCUUUGUCAAAAAAAAUUUAGGACUUCAGUUGAUAAGAUGGCAAAAAUGUACUUCAUGAAAAGAAAAAAAAUCCUUUUUACAGAAUUACUGCAAAAGCGCGAGUCUACUGAUAAAGAGUGUAUAUAUUGUUUUCCUAUCCCCAAUGUUAAAAUGUUUUGUUUUUAUUAUUUACAGUAUUAUCUUAUGUUCCUGUAUUGAUAUAAUAUUUUGAAACUUGUUCAUAAAUUUGAUUUGAUUUGAACGUAGGUAUCGCCAAUUUUAGUCUUGCUUGAAAAAAUUGAAGAUUUCAGUUGAAGAGAUGGCAAAAAUUUACUUCAUAUAAAGAAAAAAUCUGUUUUACAGAAUGGGCUCUUUCACUAAUUUUUGAAAUUGGCAUAAUUGGAUAAAGCAACUAAAAACAGAAUUUUCUAUAUUUUUACUUUCGAAAAAUUCAUAGUCCUUCUUGAGAAAAUAGAAAAAAAAGAAAUACCUCUGAGUAAAAACCCAGAAUUUAUUUCCAUGACGUCGCAGCUUGCAUUUGACUGUGUUGCCACUAAUUGAACCCUAUGCUGGAACGUUGUAAACGACAAUGUGUAACAACGGUAUUUUCAUGGAAUAACGUUGUAUUGUACCCUGGAUAAUUCGCCAACUUAAUAGUGGGAUAAUAUGAUUUUUUUUUAUGAAGUGUUGAUGCCAUUUCAAUUGGCCCAGUAUGUCCUUUUUGUGCAAUAACGUUUUAAUUGCAACCGCCCUAGUUUCGCGCUUGUUUGGUAUAUUUGGCGUUUGAAACGUUGUUCCAGCAUAGGGUUUAAUUAUCAACAUUAAAAAUUUGUAAUAGAUUUAAUUCUAAAAUGUUGGCAAAGUACCAUGGAAAGUAGUAGUUAAAUUAAUUAGUUAUGGAUUUAAGAUUUUUUUUUUGAAAUUAUGCCUGAACACAAUUUUAAUCAAUUUUUGAUGUUUAGUUUCAUUUAUUUUUUUUACGUCGCACUACAUUUAGUCGCAACCGAAAACAGCGCAUUCGAACCUUCACGUGCUUUUACUACAAGGUUACACAGCCGAGCCUGCGAGCUGCUUGCAGCAACUUGGGCCAAAUGAAAAUUAUUCAGAUGACGUCAUCACUUGGCACGUUUUAAAUGAAUUUGGCCAGUUUUAAGUGCCUGUAAAAAAUUAUUUCACAUUGUAGAUCAUUUUUUUUUGGUAUAUAUGUAUGCCUAAAAUAGUCCCUCCUUUAGGAUUUUAUACAUACUUAAAUUACUUAUUUAAAUUUUAGUGAAAGAGCCCAUUACUGCUGCAAAAGCGCGAGUCUACUGAUAAAGAGUGUAUAUAUAUUAUGUUUCCCCAUCCCCAUUCAAUAAUAUUGAAUUGUUUUGUUUUUAUUAUUUAGAGUAUUAUCUUAUGUUCCUGUAUUGAUAUAAUAUUUUAAACUUGUUCAUACAUUUGAUUUGAUUUGAAAGUAGGUAUCGCCAAUUUUGGUCUUGCUUGAAAAAAUUGAAGAUAUCAUGAAAAGAUGGCAAAAACGUACUUCAUAAAUAGAAAAAAAUCUGUUAUACAGAAUUACUGCUGCAAAAGCCUGAGUCUACUGAUAAAGAGUGUAUAUUAUGUUUUCCUAUCCCCGUUAAAUAAUGUUAAACAGUUUUGUUUUUAUUAUUUGGAGUAUUAUCUUAUGUUCCUGUAUUGAUAUAAUAUUUUAAACUUGUUCAUAUAUUUGAUUUGAUUUCAAAGUAGGUACCUACCUAUGUUAUGUAGUUUUUUCAGUAUUGAAUAUAUAUUAUUUUCGUAAAAA